CAGCAGAAAAAGCGGCUCCAACACGUGUUUUGUCCUCUCGGGGUGCAUGUUGUGACCGGCUGGGAGGAAUCGGAGCAGAAAACUAGCCAACAAUUAAAAUAACUACCAAAUAUCAGCGAUUAUCGAGCAGAUAUGACGAAGGUGAAGAAGGAAAAGGCUUCUGCGGACGGAGAGGAGGCCGCAGGAGGGACCGAGAAGUCCUACGAGGAGCUGAUCGCUCACCUGAACCCGAUUUCUCAACCGCUGGCCUCCAGAAAACUUAGCAAGAAGCUCUACAAAUGUGUCAAGAAAGCUGCCAAAGUGAAAAACAUCCGGAGAGGAGUGAAAGAAGUUCAGAAGUUCAUCAACAAAGGAGAGAAAGGCAUCGUAGUGUUGGCCGGCGACACGCUGCCCAUCGACGUCUACUGCCACCUGCCGAUCAUGUGCGAGGACAGAAACCUGCCGUACGCCUACGUCCCCUCGAAAGUGGAUCUGGGCUCGUCUGCGGGCUCCAAGCGGCCGACCUGCGUCAUCCUGAUCAAACCUCACGACGAGUAUCAGGACGCCUACCAGGAGUGUGUGGACGAGGUGUCCAGCCUGCCCAAGCCGCUCUGAAUCAGCCAAUCAGACGGCAGCUUGACCUCCUGUAAAGGAGCAGAAUGCUGUUUCCCACGCUAACAGUUUCCACCUGUUUCCAGUGUUUGUGCUAAGCUAGGCUAAUGACAUCCAGGGAGCAGGAGGUUUUAAUGGAGGCGUCUGUUGUGUUUAUGUUGCACAACGACGUGCGACAAGAACAUUUGACCAAGAAGUGUCGCAUUAUUUUCUUAAAAAAAACACAUUAAGUAAAAAUAAUGUUGAUGUUGGAGUUAAACAGAAGGUUUGUUUUUUACUGAUCACUGAGGAGUCGUUUGAGUUUGUUGAAUACGUUUUUAUUCUGUCCUGAAGCAGAUGUUUUUUUGUAAUUAAAUGACGUGUGAACAGAC